AUGAACAACUAUAAUGAAUCUAUCCAGAAGUCACAGUCUGAAUCGGAGACAGUGAAGCCCCAUCAUUCUUUCUUUCAUGGAAGAUUCUCUAUUGAAGAAGGUGGCAUCGAACGGGUCACCGAUGAAGAGCGACAACAGAAUACAACCAAGUUCUGGCAUGCUGCUACAUUCUGGUUCAGUGCAAACAUGGCCGUGGCCACCCUCAACAUAGGCUCCCUAGGAGGUUCUAUGGGCCUUCCGUUCUGGGACUGUUUCAUCGUCAUACUCCUGGUCAAUAUCACAAGCAACUUGUUACCAGCCUGGACAUCUGUAUUUGGGUUAACCGGGCUACGCAUGACAACGUUCUCACGAUACUCAUUCGGCUACUGGGGAAACAUGCUCGUCGUCAUAUUCUCCAUGAUCGCCACAACAGGUUGGAAUGCAAUCAACUCCAUCUCCGGUGCAGCUGUGCUGCAUGCCCUGUCAGAUGGCCGAUUUCCCAUAUGGGCCGGCGUCAUCGUGAUCUGUGUGGCUGUUUGGGUUAUCUGCGUUCUAGGUAUCAACUGGAUUCAUCGUAUUGACACAUUUAUCUGGAUCCUGCCUUUGAUUGUGUGGUGUGUUGCAGCUGGAACUGGUGCUUCUCAGCUCACCAGCGAGGACCAUGCACAACUUCAGGGCACGGAUAAAGCUGCUGCUAUUCUUACGUUCAUGGCUUUGAUUUUCUCCUUCUCGGUCUCCUGGGUGAAUUGCGCGGCGGAUUAUAAUGUGCGCAUGCCCAAGGAUACACCGCGCUGGAAGAUCUUCAGCGCUACCUAUGUGGGCAUAUUUGUUCCUACUGUGCUUGUCCAGACUCUUGGUGCGGCUUUAUAUACAGGUACGAUCACGAAUUCAGCAUGGAAAGAGGCGUAUACGGUGUCCUCGAUUGGAGGGUUGCUCAAGAUGGCAUUAGAGCCCGCAGGGGGUUUUGGGAAGUUCUUGAUGGUGCUUGCAGCAUUGAGCUCAAUUCCAAAUAACAUCCCAAACAACUACUCCUUUGCACUACACGCACAGAAUCUGGGACCGUGGGCUGUGCGCAUUCCCCGUGUGGUUAUGGUCACCUUUGGAUUUAUCGCGGCGAUAAUAAUCGGCUGUUGUGCAGCUAGAUAUUUCUCUGAUACCCUAGAGACAUUGCUUAGCGUGAUUGGGUAUUGGACUAUAAUCCAUAUCACUGUAGUGAUUGAAGAACAUUUCAUUUUCCGGCGUGGGUGGAAUGGAUAUGAUUUCGAUGCUUGGAACAGCAUCGCUUAUUUGCCAUUUGGAUGGGCUGCGAUCGGGGCUUUCGCCUUCGGGUUCGUGGGUGCUGCCCUUGGUAUGAAAACCGCGUGGUAUUCAGGUCCUAUUGCUUCUUUGAUUGGCAACCAAGGUGCAAAUAUAGGUCACGAGUUGACAUUUGCGUUCUCUGGAGUCGCAUUUCCUCUGCUUCGGUGCCUUGAAAAGCAUUAUGGGGGCAAGUGA